UAUCGGCAAAUUUGUUGAAACACGUCUUUUUUGUGUAAAAACGUCAGAUUAAGUAUUUACAGGCAGCCCACCUAACACUCAACUAGAAUCCAAAGUCGGAGCUAAAUCCACGUGAACUCGAACCUGGUUGAGUGGUUCUCUGAAAUCUUACCUGAGCAGAUAAUUUUGUCCCAAUUCGAUCGGAAUUCAGUGCCAGAAUGAUCUCUCGCUGCUCCAACUGGAAGCUUCCGGCGGUGGAGUUUCGCCCCCCAUUGUUAGGGUGCCCGAAUCAGCGGGCACGGCCGGCGGAAUUUCAUUUCAGUAGGACUGCCACCAGGAGCUGCCGUCCUAAGUCCACGAACAGAGCCUCGCAAUUUCGAGUCUCCGCGGUGGAACGCAGUGGCAACAGCGGCGCUGGGGAAAGCUCAGCCAGUAAGAAGCCGACUCCGACUUCGUCCGCGUCUGUACCUAAUUCGAACUACAUGGUCCCACUGGACAAGCCAUCUUCAUGCCUUACUCGCCCUCUUGCCGAGAUCCUCCGCGACCUCAAUAAGAGGAUCCCUGAUAACAUCAUAAAGGAUCACGACAGUAAUGAUCCUCAUUCCACAUUCAUCCCCUGGUACCAUGCCAAUCGCAUGUUAAGCUUCUACGCCCCAGGUUGGUGUGGAGAAAUAAGGGAUGUUAUUUUCUCUGAGAACGGAAGUGUGACUGUCGUUUACCGUGUCACAGUACUGGGAUCAGAUGGAGAGGCAUACCGCGAGUCAACUGGAACAGUGCCUUCAGGAGAUGAGAGCGUCAGAGACCCAGUCACUGCAGCUGAGGAGAUUGCAUUUUGCAGAGCUUGUGCUCGGUUUGGACUUGGUUUAUAUCUUUACCACGAUGAAUAGCUUCCAAAGAAAGGACAAUUUUGAGUCGAAGCUGUCUGAAACUUUAAUAAGAUGUUUUGGUUCGAUAAUAUACAUUAACCUAAAAGCUUUUGCUUCAUGAUUCGACUAUGACUAUUGCUGCCUCCGCAGCUUUUCAGUUCUGGAUUUUAAUUUUGCCCAGACUCAUGAAUUGGCUUAUCUCAUCGAGCAAAACGUCACGGUUAUUUAAACAAUAAUUAAAUAACAUAAUUCGAGUACUUUGAAAAUAAUUUCAAUAGGUAUAUCAUAUAAUGAGAUUAG